UCCGUCCGAGCACUGAAAACUGUUAACCAUUAACCAUUUCUGCGAAAAAAAUCUCCUUCUUUUUGCGCUCAAAUUCCUUAAUCAGUUGUUGUGGGUGUGGAUUUUGUUGAAAUUGGUAGUAGAUGAGGCUUUUGCAGCUCGCAUUUCUCGUCGCUUUGGCUUCUGGAUUUGCCGCCAUCUUCAUCUACAUCACCGGAGUCUCUAACCUCCAUGGCAAGCUUUCGCUUUCGGAUGAAGAUUUGGAGGCUUUGCAGUCUUUGCACAGCGGUUUCCAGAAGUGUGUGAGUGCGAAUGGAUUAGGUUUACAAGCUUUUAGUAGCGGAGAUUAUUGCCAAGUCACAAUGAAAUUUCCUAGUGAUACCAUUCCAAAAUGGAGAGAUCCUAAAACUGGUGAACUUGAAGGUGUAUCAUAUGACUUUAACAUUUGUGAAGCUGUUGCUACAUGGGAACCGGUUCGGAAUAGUACCACGAUACUGACCAAAGAGUUCAUUGAUUCUUUACCAAAUGGUUGGGAGGAUUAUGCGUGGCGUAGGAUUAACAAAGGAGUCCUUCUAAACCGCUGUGAGAAUAAAAGGUUAUGCAUAGAGAAACUUUCACUUGUACUCCCCGAAACGCCUCCAUAUUUCCCUCAGCAGUUUGGACGUUGUGCUGUUAUUGGAAACUCGGGGGAUCUUUUAAAAACGAAAUUUGGGAAGGAGAUAGAUAGAUACGAUGCUGUUUUUAGAGAAAAUGGAGCACCAAUCCAGAAUUACACUGAGCAUGUGGGGAGGAAAAGUACUUUCCGUCUUCUUAACCGGGGAUCAGCCAAAGCUCUUGAUAAAGUUGUUGAGUUAGAUGAAUCAAGGAAGGAGGUUUUGAUCAUUAAAACAACCAUUCAUGACAUUAUGAACCAAAUGAUUCGAGAAAUUCCAAUUACAAAUCCUGUGUAUCUCAUGUUGGGUGCCUCCUUUGGCUCUGCAGCAAAAGGAACUGGGCUCAAGGCUCUUGAGUUUGCUCUCUCUAUAUGUGACUCUGUAGAUAUGUAUGGUUUCACUGUGGACCCUGGCUAUAAAGAAUGGACUAGAUACUUCUCGGAAUCUCGACAAGGCCAUACUCCAUUGCAUGGCCGGGCAUACUACCAAAUGAUGGAGUGUUUGGGUCUCAUCAAAAUUCAUUCUCCAAUGAGAGCUGAUCCAAACCGUGUUGUGAAAUGGGUACCAGACAGAGGUACAGUUAAGGCUGCUAGAAUUGCAUCAGAGAAAAUUUUAAGGAGAGCUGGAGCAGGGUCUGGAGAUCCACUAGGUGCAUGUUCCAUUAUUAAAAAACAAGUCAAAAGAAAGCGCAUAGAAAAUCUCAGAAGAAAUGCCAUCAACCAUCAGAAAUACGCAAGAGGCGCAACAAUGUACCCUUUAGAACAUAACCCUGAACAUGGUAUGCUCUGCACUGUGCCAACAAGGUAAAUCUCAAUUUACCGGACUUUCCCUCAGAGCGACCUGAAAAGAUUAGUGAGCUUCUUGGUAAAGAAACAGUAGCCUAACCAAUGUAGGGAGAAGGCAAAAGUAGAAGCUGCACAGAAGUUUAUAAAUUUGGAGAGGAUCCACUACUUUCUCCAUUCAACAUUUUAAGAAUUGAUUUUCUAUACUUUUGUAAAUGUUUCCAUAAUGGUCAAAGGAAAAAAUUUGUAGCCUAACAUUUGAGGAUUCAAUUACCCGAGUUUUUUUUACUCACGGUUCGGUUCUUUCAGUGUGACUUAGCUGCUUAUACAACAGUAAAAUCAAUUCUUUUACUUCUGCAAGGAUAAACGAAGCCUUGCCUUUUUGCCUGUAAGACUUGUGAUCAUCAUCCCUUUUCAGUUUGUCGUUUGUAAUGUUUGCCAAGUCCAAUACAUUUUUGCUACAUUUUAU